AUGGAGGUAGAGCUCCAGCAGAAGUUGUUGCAAGAUGCACAAUCUACCGACGACAUGGUCCGUUUACUGAGCCAAGAGAUUGCAUUAUUUCAACGCUGUAUGUACAAAAACCAUAGCCAGCACCGUCGCGCUUUUUUCUUUCAGAAUUUGCAGCACGUGAAGCGAUUACUGCGCGAUUUUCAUGUGAAUACGGUCACUACCACAUUUGCAGAGAUUGCAGCCGUAUUGAAACAAAUGGAGUUGAAACCAGGAGCAAACCAUAUCGCAUGGAAAGUGCUAGCUUCAGAUUUGAAGAUCAGUACAGACGCUGCGUUGCGGAAGCUCGUGACUGUUGCUACAGCUGCUGCAGAAGUGAUCUGUGCAGCUCAGAAGGCGUACAAAGGCUUGAUAGUACAGUUCACGAUGACGUACUUCAUGCCGUUUGUUUUAGUGAUGAAUAGCAUCCUGGCACGACUGACCAUUCUGUUCAAGACGAUGCUUGUUCGAACCAUUGAACUUCAUGGUGGCAUCACACUGCUGUAUUUAAACGAGGUGACCAAAUCCAAUCCGCUUCGUGCUAAGGUCACAGCCGUUCAGCUCCGCGGAUACAAGAUUCCUAGUGCCGUCUUGCAGAUCGCAAACGCGUAG